AUGUUUCGCUUCUAUUUAGCUUUCACAUUUUACUCUUACAAUCAGCCGGUUAAAAAGUUGUUUUCAGAGUGGCAAAAAGAAUGCCUUUCUGAUCAAAAACUUUUGAAUGGCGAAAAUAUGAUCAUCUCGUUACCAACUGGUGCUGGCAAAACACUGAUUGCUGAGGUGUUGAUGUUACGUGAAGCAGUCGUUAAGAAGAGAAGUUCAAUUCUAAUGCUUCCUUACGUGGCAAUCGUUCAGGAGAAGGUUCACUCGCUAUCGGUCUUCGAAGAACACUUGCCACUUCUCAUCGAGGAAUACGCUGCAUCGAAAGGUGUGUUCCUAGUUCUGUUUAGUGGUUCGUUCCAUAUUUACUCAGGUCGAUUACCACCAAUAAAACGUCGUAAUAAAGUGUCUUUGUUUGUGGCUACCAUCGAGAAAGCGAACAUGCUAAUUAAUUCUUUGAUUGAACAGGAUCGUAUCAAUGAGAUUGGACUUUUCAUAUGCUUGGUGAUGGCUGUCGUGGAGGGACCAUCGAACAGGCACUCACAAAGUUUAUGCAGAAAGGCGAGAAGUGGACAGAUUGUUGGAAUGUCGGCAACGUUGGCGAAUUUAAACGAAUUGGCACUUUUCAUUAGGUCAUCCGUAUUCUCCACCAAUUUUCGUCCGGUUGAACUUACUGAACGAGUCAAGAUUGAUAAUACGUUAUACCGUGUCGACUGUGGUGGAAAAUUAAUACCUGAGCUGGAUUUACCCGAGAAUAAACUUGGCAAUAGGGAUCCUGACGGUUUGGUGACGUUGUUGAGAGAUAUUAUACCACGUCGAUCAGCAAUUAUAUUCUGUCCAACCAAACAAAAUUGUGAGAACGUAUGUGCGUUGUUGACACGCUUGGUACCGAAGUCAUUGUGUGAUAUGCACACUCGUGAACGGCAGUUAUCAGUGGUUGCGUUGAAUGAAGAAAGCGAUGGAAAGUUAUCGCCAACACUUCGCAGAGGUGUUCUCUGUGGAGUGGCGUAUCAUCACAGUGGUCUAACGGCAGAUGAACGACAAAUUAUUGAAAAUGCAUUCCAGGAUGGUAUAAUAAGAAUUUUGUGUUCAACAUCCACACUCGCCGCUGGAGUGAAUUUACCGGCGAGGCGAGUCAUAAUAAAGUCAGCGUUGAUUGGUCGAGAACCACUCAAGAAAACACAAUAUUUACAAAUGAUUGGACGUGCCGGUCGAGCUGGAUUCGACUGUAAGGGUGAAGCGAUUACGAUUGUGCAUCGUGGGAUGGAGGAAAAGAAUUUUCGUGCAAUGUUGAGCGCUCCAUUGAUGGCAUGCAAAAGUGCUUUCAGCGAUAAAUCAAUACUCUCUUCAUUCAUCUUCGAUUUGAUCUCAUUGAAGAUUGCCAAUUCGUUGGAGGAAAUUGAAGGCAUUCUCAAGAUGACAUUAUACGGAAUACAAAGUGGUAGUACACAGAGUGAUAUUAACGAAUGCCUUCUGGAGUUAAUGAAUAGGAAGAUGAUACGUCAAAAUUCGGAUGCUGAAUACAUUGUGACAACGUUGGGCGAUGCAGCUUUCACAGCGAAUAUCACACCGAUUGCUGCUCUUUCCAUCAGUGAAUCGCUUAUCGAAAAUUUAUCAAUGGGUAUUGUGUUAUCGUCACAUUUCCAUUUGAUCUACACGAUUGUUCCUUUUGAUAUUUAUAUCGAUGUGGAUUGGGAUAUUUAUUAUGAAGAAUACCGAGCUCUCUCAUCGAGUGAACAUCGUUUGUUGGAUACAAUGGGCGUAGAAGAGAAGCAUCUUGUCAAAUAUUUCCUUCAGCGACCGAAACUGCCAGCUGGUGAUUCAGCUCUUCGAUUGUAUCUGACGUUCAUGAUGAAAAGAAUAUGGAGUGAAGAGUCGAUAUGGAGUGUUGCUGAGCGCUUUCAUGUUUCUCGUGGUUGGCUGCAGUCGACACUUCAGUCAACUUGCUCACAAGCGUCAUCAAUUGCACGAUUCUCUGAGAAAGUACCUCAGCUGUGGCCUUUGAAGCAUCUGCUGCCCGAUUUGGUACAACGACUGCGUGAUUGUUGUCAGCAAGAGUUGAUACCACUGCUUGCGAUCGACGGUGUGAAAAGGGCUCGAGCACGAAUGUUAUACGAUGCUGGUUCGUUUUUGUUUCUGUUGCAUGACGAAUGCCUGUGUUUCAAAACACCAGGUGCAAUUGCAUCAGCCGAACCAAGCAAGUUGGUCUCAGUAGUGGAACAUCUGAACAAACGACAAGCUGCAAAGAUGAUUAGUAGCGCGCAGAUGUUGGUGCGUGAUCAAAUCGCUGAAAAAGUUGAAGAAAUUGAGCAAAUGGGGAUUGCCGUACCACAGUUAUGCUCUCAGUUGAUGCCAUAA